AUGCAGGGGAAUAUUUGCUCAACGGCCCUCUCUGUCCCCGUUCCGGAAGUGAAAGCCCCAAUGUGCCAGUAUUCGAUGCAAAACUCCUUUAUAAGCUCAGCCUCCUGGAAUCACUGCCAGUUGGCAUCGGGCACGCACGGCAUCAGGUACAUCCUCAGCAGACCGGUGGUGGCUCCUCCAAACAACGGCCUCCUGUCUGGUACUCCCACGUUGGGGGAUCACGGACUGGGAGCCCAGGGCAUUUACUAUGGUCCCAAUGGGCAGUUUUGCCAAGGCGGGGAAGCGACAUAUGGAGCCAGGGGCAGGAGCUGUUGGGCCGACCCCAGUCAGGAAUGGCACGAAGGCCGAGGAUGUGGCAAUGCCUCAGGGCACCUGGGUGAUGGCCUCCACAAGAAGAAACACACACGGCCAACCUUCACAGGCCACCAGAUCUUUGCCCUGGAGAAAACCUUUGAGCAGACCAAAUACUUGGCUGGGCCUGAGCGGGCACGACUGGCAUAUUCCCUGGGCAUGAGUGAAUCCCAGGUAAAGGUGUGGUUCCAGAACCGCCGCACCAAGUGGAGGAAGAAAAGUGCCCUGGAGCCUUCUUCCUCUUCCCCACAAGCAGGCACUGGACCAGGCGAGCGCACUGUCUCUGAUGAGGAUGACGAAUACAACAAGCCCUUGGAUCCAGACUCCGAUGAUGAGAAGAUCCGUCUCCUGUUGCGCAAACACCGGUCCACCUUCUGCGUCCUGGGUCUAGGCUCCCACAGUGGCUGA